AUGCUUCUAUUAUUUUCCCUACUCUGCCUGACCUACAGUAUACCGAUAGACAACGGUGUCGAGGGAGAACCGGAAAUCGAGUGCGGCCCCACCUCAGUCAUCGUCAAUUUUAAUACCCGAAAUUCCUUCGAUGGCCAUGUGUACGUCAAGGGGUUGUACGACCAGGACGGGUGCAGAAAUGACGAGACCGGGCGGCAGGUGGCCGGAAUCGAACUUCCAUUCGACACCUGUAACGUCGCUAGAACCCGUUCCCUGAACCCGAAAGGAAUUUUUGUAACGACUACGGUAGUCAUCUCUUUUCACCCACAAUUUAUUACAAAGGUAGACCGGGCCUACCGUAUCCAGUGCUUCUAUAUGGAAUCCGACAAGACGGUUUCGACACAACUGGAGGUGUCUGAGAUGACGACUACGUUCCAGACAGCGGUCGUACCAAUGCCCGUAUGCCGGUACGAGAUUCUGGAUGGAGGCCCGGGAGGCAGCCCGAUACAAUUUGCGAAUAUAGGACAGCAGGUAUACCACAAAUGGACGUGCGACUCCGAGACGACAGACACGUUCUGUGCCGUUGUCCACUCGUGUACUGUUGACGAUGGAAAUGGAGAUACCGUACAGAUCCUGAAUGAAGAAGGCUGCGCCCUCGACAAAUUUUUACUAAACAACCUCGAAUACCCCACAGAUCUAAUGGCCGGCCAAGAAGCGCACGUCUACAAAUAUGCCGACAGGGCCCAGCUCUUCUAUCAGUGCCAGAUCUCCAUUUCCAUCAAAGAACCGAACGGUGAUUGCCCCAGGCCGGAAUGCCAGGAACCACAGGGCUUUGGAGCCACAAAACCCGCAGUCGCAAGCCCGGAAGCUUCAACCGGGGCCAAACCACCGGCCACUCAACCUGGCAUUCGAUUAUUGCGCAAAAAACGUUCCGCCUACGAUCAAGAGAAUACAAUGGACGUGCGAGCGGAACUAAGCACGAUUGAUAUAUCAGAGUUUACCGAAUCUGAAAAUCACACCCGCCGACAUCGUGAGCCCCUAAGAAGCUUGAUUUCUACCGUAUCCAGCGGCUACUGCCUCUCCCCAGCCAUCGUGCUGAUGCUCUUCCUGGCCGUUUCAACAAUAUCGGUCAUUGUCUUCAUCUUUGGCACCUGGUGCUAUCGAAAAAUCGAGAAAGAGCUU